AGGGAACACCUUUAUCGCCGACAUCUUCUUCCAAUUCAAUGCAAUCGAUGCUGCUCUACUUUUCCGAACGAGCCCUCCCUUCGCGAACACCAGCGCGACCCACGUGGUUGCGAGAUUCAAGAACAAAUCCCAUUGGAAGGAUUCGACAAGGAUCAGGAGAGAAAACUGAAAAGUAAGAAGAGAAACCUCGGGUUUCUGACCGAGGAAGAUAAAUGGAAGGGUGUAUACCGAAUCCUGUUUCCUGACGACAAUGAAGAGAACAUGCCGUCGCCGUAUAUUGAUUACCGUGUUUCCUCGGAAAACACUCUUCAAGGGGAAUCAUCCAACAUUACCCGCUUCCAAGAGUUCUCUCGACUCGAACUCCCGCGCCUUGUUCGUCGUACCCUUGAAAUUGUCGUUGAACAAGAAGCACAACCAUUAGAGGAGAAACUGAAGGAUCGACUCGUCGAUAUUGUCAAGGAGUGCUAG